GGGAGAGAAGGGGAGGGAAUUGGGUGGUGUGAGGCAGAGUUUCAAAACAAGAUCCAGAUUCAUAGGGCAGAGCAGCAGUACUUUCUCCCCAUCUGUCCUCCCUUAUACUCUGCCUUUUCUGGGACCCUAGCCUUACUCACCGUCAGCUUUAACUUACAGACUCUGUCGUCUUUUAAAGAAAGCAGUUAAAAAUGUUGGUCGUACUUGCUUUCAUUAUAAUUUUUCACAUAACUUCAAUAGCACUGCUGUUCAUCUCAACAAUAGACAAUGCUUGGUGGGUAGGAGCUGAUUUUUCUGUUGACAUCUGGAAAAACUGUUUAAAUAACACCUUAAGUAGUGACUGCGUAGAAAUUGGAAGCAACACCAAUGGAUUUCAAGCCCUUCAAGCGAUCCAAGCUACAAUGGUCCUUUCCACCAUCCUUUGUUGUAUAGGACUCUUGAGCUUUGUCCUACAACUUUUCCGCCUUAAACAAGGAGAACGAUUUGUGUUGACUGCCGUUAUACAGUUACUAUCAUGUCUGUGUGUGCUGAUUGGUGCCAUCAUCUAUUCUUCUAUGCAUGAAACAUUUCAUGCAAAUCUUAAACUUCAGAAUGGCACUUUUGGAUAUUCUUUCAUCCUAGCGUGGAUCGCCUUUGCUUUCACUUUCAUCAAUGGCAUCAUGUACCUAAUACUUAGAAAGCGUAAAUAAACAAUAGCCGACGCAAGACACUUUCUGUGGCUACAGAAACCAAAUUCAGAUAAUCAUUUUGUAUAUAAUCAUUUUAUUGUGGUUUUCUAGUAAAAGGUAUGUUUUCCUAAAACAAGAUGUACUGUAUUCUUAGCAUUAUAGCUAAAGACUCUGAUACAUUAUACAAGUAUCCUGAAACGUUCACCCUGACAGGCUUCAUGGGAAAGCAGGAAGAUUUUUCAAUACAUGUAUGGUGUCUUACAACUUGAAUUAUGUUUUGUUUUGUUUUAUAUAAAUAUAUAUUGUUUAGUUUUAGAAGUAUAUCUUUAAAAAAAAAAUAUUCGUGGCAUAGUCUUAGAUUGCGGUAGGAGAAGAAGAUUGCUUGCGUAAACCUCUUGUACAGAGGGAACCAACAUGUUCAACAAACAGAUGGACUGGCAGAGACUUCCCUUAUCUUAGUUAAAUGCCAAUCAAUAUAUAUAUAUUUUGAUAAAUCCCAUAGCGGUUAAAAGCAGUGUGAUAGAGUUCAUGAUCAUGCUUUAAGUUGCUAAAACAUAGGAAUGAAUGAAACGGCUCGAAGGACAGGAUACAUGCUCAUUCAUUUACAUUACCUGCAUUAUUGCAUUUUCUCGAAUACUUUUCCCGUAACAUCAACCUCUGUCUAGUGGUCAGGGAUUUGAACUAUAAAAAUCAAGAAUUCCAAUUCCAAACUGUACAUUCGUUGCUGCAGAUUUCAGUAGAUCUUGUUUUACAUGUAUGGUUACAUUUUCUUUUUAAACAAAUAUAUUAAAAAAGCUGACUCUAGAA